UUCUAGUGGGCUACUUUUGUGGGCCUCAGCCAGAUUGGCCAACUCUCUCCAUGGCCCACCAACCCACAUGCCCAUCUCUAUUAAACCCUCUCCCACAAACACACACAUCAAACUUUCUUAACUCUAAUAUGGAGGUUGCUCUUGAACUAGAAGAUGACCUCUUUUUUGCUGACUUGAGCAAGCAGAUUUCUCUCCUGAUUAUGGACGAAGAAGAAGAUGAAGAACACCCUCUUGCUUCUUCUCCUCAAGAACACCACUUUCAGACCUAUUCUUCUGGGUCAUUCUAUCAUCCCCCACAGUCUGCUAUUCUCUAUGAGCAUGCUUUGAGAAGACAGAGCAAAGGGACAGGGGUGUUUAUCCCUCAAUCCACUCAGCCCAGAAGGAAGCACAGGAAAGGAAGAUCAAGCUCAAACGCAAAACAUCAAAAGCAGUCUCCAGACACGGCUGCUCCUGUUCCUAUUAAAACCAGUUUCGAAUCCGAAAAUGGUUGAGGAUACGUACAUGUCUUCCCACAAAACUACAUAAGUCGUAUCGCUUGAUUACUUCUAUAUGGGUCUGAUUAAUUCUUUAGUCUUUAGGCAAUAAUUGUAUGGUUAUGUAGUUUGAACAAACCAUGUGCAGGUCAAUAUGUGUUGACAGUGAUGCCAGUAGAAUAAUUGUAUAUACAGUGGAGAUUGCAGAAUCUUCCUUAUGAAUUAGUUUUUGCAGGGUUAGUUAAAGUUUGAUUGAAGUCAAGGUGUGCACAAGCAUGAUUUGUUGUUAUGAUGUUAUCUAGUUUGAUGAAUCUGUCCUUGUUUUUUUUA